AAAACGCAAAGGAGCCAUCAGCACAGCGACACUCCACCUCUCUCUCUCUCUCUCUCUCUCUCUCUCUCCUCUCCUCAGCUCUUUCUCUCUCUAGAAUGAUUCCAUGAAUUCCCGAUAAUUCAAUUCAGUAAAGCUCAUUCCAUUUAUAGAGAUACACACAUGAUUUCACUACUAAAUUGAGCAAGCGUUAUGGCAUAAAUUUUGUUGCGCGAAGAGGAAAACGUAGAGUGAGCAGAGGCGUAGGGCUCGCCGCAUCAAUGAGCUGCUUUUUCGCCUGUUUUCGCGUCAAAGACUCCGGCACUAAUCUCGUUACUCCUUCGGAGCCUGCUGUUCCUCGCAGUAAAAAUGCGCUGUCGUCGCUGUUCCAGUGUGAUGGUAACUCAUCUGCGUGUGUGAAUGAAUCGCUUCAAAAAGGAGAGGAGCGUCAGAAUCGGUUGCCCGGAGAAAUCGAUGUCAGCGAGUUUAAGGAUGAGAAUAAGUUUUCCAAACCAAAUGGAACUACACUCGAAACUCCUAUCAAAAUCCGAAAAGCCUUGGAGAAAUGGGAGGAUGCAUCAGCUCAAAUCGAAGCACAGAAAUCUUUGAAGUUCGAUUCAUGGCUUCCCAAUGCAUCAAUGGAGAAACUGAAGCUGGAGAAGCAAUCUAAUGAAUCUUCAACACUUGCUGGAUCGUGUUCUUUCUUGGACACUCCAAGCAGUUGCAUGACUGAUGGACAUUAUACCGGUGGAAUCUCGAGCACCUCGGUCCAAGGAGGUGAUAUUCAUAAUGCAGCUGAAAUUCAAGCAUCAGAUAGGACGGCUAUUUCAUCCAUCUCUUCAGAGCAAUCUGGAUCAGCUGACGCUCACAGUGUAACAAGGCCGUUAUCAUAUCCAAACAUGGAGGAGUUUGACGAGGGGGGUGAAGAUUCUGCUCUCUGUCAUCAUGGAGAAUCAAACGAGCAAAAUGAUGUAGAAGAUGCGAAUGAUGAAGAAGGAGGCUUAACUUCUUGGUUCAAGCCAAUUUCAGCCAAGCAAAGUGGUAGUAACAAACAAUUUAGUUCCAUUUCUAGUCAAAAUAAGAAACCUCCUGCAGAUAGGCCUAUUCUGGGAAUGGUUGCAGCUCAUUGGAACGAUGUUGAGGCACCUAAUGAUCCGCCUAAAUGGUGGGAUGGAAAUGGAAUUCCAAAUUCUACUAACAAGUACAAAGAGGAUCAGAAAGUCAGUUGGCAUGCGACGCCUUUUGAGGAGAGACUGGAGAAGGCACUGUCUGAAGAAUCUUUGAUUUCUCAGAGGAAGCCUACCAAUGAAACUGAAGAAUCUGAUACUGCCAUGUCACAUUUUCAAUCUUCACCGCGUCUCAAACCUGUCGUAUCAUUCUGAUGAAAAAAGGCCUAGUAGUACCGAUGUGUUGUGAGCCGAUUCAUUGUUUGCUGUUGAUAAUGUCUCUUUCAUCAUUCUUCAUGAAAAAACCAUUUCUGAGUUGAUGUGAGCAACUUUUUUCCAGAACUAAUGAGCUGAAGUUGCUGCUCACUGCAAGAAAAUGUUUGCUGCCAUUGUAUAUAAACAAUUGUGGCUUCUUCUCUUUGAGUUUUUGCUCAUGGCUUUGAUUGAAAAAUAUUGGAUUGAUUUUGGGAUAUAUUGGAGAUUUGGCCAUUAAAUGUUUAUCUUUAUGUUUGAAAAGAGAGCUCUCUCUUCAUAAUCUAUAAAUCUCUCU